GGAUGACUCAGAUGGCAUGUAUAUGGAACAAGAGUUAAUCUGCUCCAGGCGGCGUGGUGUCGCUGUAGUGAAGACAAUGGACGGUCGCAAAUUUGACAUUUUUGGGAGAAUCAGCAGCGAAAAGCUAUCUAAAGAAACACACUACUCAACUUAUUUGGUGCACAGACUAUCACCGAAGCAUGGCCACUGCGACCUCUCAUUCAAGGGAGUGUGUAGAUUUGUAGACAAUGAGGGUAGAGAUGAGGCUGAAAGUAGAGUUUGGCCUUAUUAUGUCCCGUCUACUGUUUCUAGAGAUGACGGGUGGUUGGAGACGAAAAUUGGGAGCUUUUUCAAUGUUGGAGGGAACCUUGGUGAUGUUGAACCUUGUUUGUUUAGUGUUAUGCUUCAGUGUCACCGAUUCCUCAGUGUGCUAGGGCUUGAAUUUCGGGCCGGAACUACUUCUGGAGGUAUGGCGGAUUGGGGAUUUUGUGAAGAAUUCUUGGAAGAAAAAGCCAAAUUCUAGGCAGUGAUCAUAACAUUAUCUAGCUAGUGAUGUGAAGCAAAACAAAAAACAACUUUUUCUUGUGGAAAUACAUAUAGACUACUACGUAUAUCACAUUGGUAACUUACAGGAAAUUGCAUGUAAUACUCC